CGCCACUUCCGCCGCUGAGCUGGGGGGAGGGGCAGAGCGCGACAGGCAGCAUGGCUGUGCCCGCGGAUGCCGGGAGCGGGACUGCUGCUCCGGCUCGGGCCAAGCGCCCCGCUAAAAAGAAAGCGGGAAACGUGGUGGAUGAAUUGCAGCUUCUCACUGUCCCCGACGGCUGGAAAGAAGCACCCUUUACAAAAGAAGAUAACCCAAGAGGACUUCUAGAAGAAAGCAGUUUCGCAACUCUGUUCCCAAAGUACAGAGAGGCUUACUUGAAAGAGUGCUGGCCACUGGUGCAGAAAGCCUUGAAUGAACAUCAUAUAAAUGCGUCGUUGGAUUUAAUUGAAGGUAGCAUGACUGUCACCACAACUAAGAAAACCUUUGACCCAUAUAUGAUCAUCAGAGCAAGAGACUUAAUAAAGCUUUUAGCAAGAAGUGUUCCAUUUGAGCAGGCUGUGCGUAUCCUUCAGGAUGACAUUAUGUGUGAUAUCAUUAAAAUAGGAUCUCUAGUGAGAAAGAGAGAGAGGUUUAUAAAAAGAAGAGACAGACUUAUUGGGCCAAAAGGUUCUACUCUGAAGGCCCUGGAACUUUUAACAAACUGUUACAUCAUGGUACAGGGGAACACCGUUUCAGCUCUUGGACCUUUUAGUGGGCUAAAAGAGGUUAGAAAAGCUGUUUUGGACACCAUGAAGAAUAUACAUCCCAUAUAUAAUAUUAAGACUCUCAUGAUUAAAAGGGAGCUAUCAAAAUACCCUGAACUAAGAGGACAGGAUUGGGAAAGAUUUUUGCCGCGGUUCAAACACAAGAACUUGAAAAGACGCAAGGAGCCAAAGAAGAAAAAUAUUAAGAAGGAAUACACACCAUUCCCACCUCCACAGCCAGAAAGCCAGAUUGAUAAAGAAUUGGCAAGUGGAGAAUAUUUCUUGAAAGAGAGCCUGAAAAAAAGAAAGAGAGUAGAAGAGAAAAAGGCAAAACAAGCAGAAGCCAUUAGUAGAAGACAAGAGGAAAGAAACAAAGCUUUCAUCCCACCCAAGGAAAAGCCAGUUGUAAAGCCUAAGAAAGCUUCUACUGAAACAAAAAUUGAUAUUGAAGCUAUCAAGGAAAAGGUAAAGAAAGCAAAAAAGAAGAAGCUGGGAGCACUUACAGUGGAAGAAGCCAAACUAAAAAUUGCAGCAGAUGAAAAGAAAAAGAAAAAAAAGAAAUGAUUUCUUUGAGGACCAACAUUUUGUACUGUAUUUUGCAAAGAAACUUUUUGUACAUAGAAGGUAUAGGGCUGGGGUUAUCAGCAAUGCUAUGCUGCCUUGGAAUACAGAAGAAAAGACUAAAGAAUACACUCUCUUUCUGGUAUGCACAUGCUGGGAAUUUAUGAACAUAAAACAAGUUUUAAAAUCUUCAAAGCCUGAAAAGAAAAUAUUUUAGUUACGUAGGGGGUGACAAAGCAGGUAUGAGAAAGUAAAAUAGUAACUUUUUAUUCAUUUUAUCAUCUUGGGAAUGAUCCAGACUUUAUAGCAUAAUACAAACAUCAGGAUGGGCAUUCAGAUGCAUAAUAUGAAUCAAGAAGUCAUAAGAAUUUGAUGAGAACAUUAUUUACAGGAAGCAUUUCUGUAAGGGUGAGGCAGAAUACAACAUGUAUGAAGAUAACAUUUGUAUGAACAUUUAAGUAGAUUUGUAGUAUUUGUUUCUGUCAGAGCUAAUAAUUAUUUUUGCAUAACUGUGUUGGUGUUUUAAUACAAUGUUACGUCCCUUUUACCUAUUCAUCUUUUGCUCCUUAUAACAUGAUUGAAUGGUAUUGCUUUCUAACAGUCCCUGAAAACAUAUUGCUCAUUUUGUGGAAACAGAUUUGAAGCAAACUAAGUAUUUGGAAAAAACGUAACGUUCAGUAAAAACCUAGUUCAGUGAGAUUUCACACCUUGAGCUAA